GCGGAAGUGCCAGCCGGUUGUGGCUCAGAACUGGGAGCGGGAGAGGAGUUAGUUCUGGGAACGGAGAGUCCUAAGUAACCAUAGUAACACAGCGCCGCCGCUCCUGACACCGGGGGCCCCGGCGGCCACAGAGCCCGGGACACCAGCCGCGGGGCCUCCGAGUGCGGAGCUGUCACCAUGAACAGGAAGAAGGGAGACAAAGGCUUCGAGAGCCCCCGACCAUACAAACUGACGCACCAGGUCGUCUGCAUUAACAACAUCAAUUUUCAGCGGAAGUCUGUGAUUGGUUACGUCGAGCUGACCAUUUUCCCCACCGUCGCCAAUCUGAACAGGAUCAAGCUGAACAGCAAGCAGUGCAGAAUCUAUCGAGUGAAGGUGAACGAUCUGGAAGCAGCGUUCAUAUACAAUGACCCCACGCUGGAAGUCUGUCAUCACGAGUCCAAACAACGCAACCUUAACUACUUCUCCAAUGCAUACGCAGCAGCUGUCAGCGCAGUCGAUCCAGACGCAGGCAAUGGAGAACUCUGCAUCAAAGUCCCCUCAGAGCUGUGGAAACACGUCGAUGAGUUAAAAGUGCUAAAGGUGUACAUUGAGUUCUCCUUGGACCAGCCGAAAGGUGGCCUUCAUUUUGUAGUUCCCAAUGUGGAAGGAAGUAUGGCGGAGAGAGGGGCUCAUGUCUUUUCCUAUGGAUACCAGAAUUCCACCAGGUUCUGGUUUCCUUGUGUCGACUCCUUUUCAGAACUGUGCACCUGGAAGUUGGAGUUUACAGUAGAUGCGUCCAUGGUGGCCGUGUCUAAUGGAGAUCUUGUGGAAACUGUUUACACACACGACAUGAGGAAGAAGAUCUUUCAUUACACGCUCGCUAUCCCAACUGCAUCUCCAAACAUUUCUCUUGCCGUGGGGCCCUUUGAAAUUCUCGUAGACCCUUAUAUGCACGAGGUGACCCACUUCUGUUUACCGCAGCUGCUGCCGCUUCUGAAGCACACAACGUCUUACCUCCAUGAGGUGUUUGAGUUUUACGAGGAGAUUCUUACCUGCCGAUACCCUUAUUCCUGUUUCAAGACUGUGUUUGUAGAUGAAGCCUAUAUCGAGCUCACCACUUAUGCAUCAAUGAGUAUUUUCAGCACAAACUUACUGCACAGCGCAAUGGUCAUUGACCAGACGCCGCUGACCAGAAGAUGUCUUGCUGAGUCUCUAGCUCAGCAGUUCUUUGGGUGCUUUAUUUCAAGAAUGUCCUGGUCUGAUGAAUGGGUGUUGAAAGGCAUCUCUGGUUAUAUUUACGGGCUCUGGAUGAAGAAAACAUUUGGUGUAAAUCAGUAUCGGCACUGGAUCAAAGAAGAACUGGAUAAGAUCGUAGCCUAUGAAUUAAAAACCGGCGGCGUGUUACUUCACCCUAUAUUCUCUGUUGGGAAAGAGAAAGACAAUCCGGCUACUCACCUUCACUUCUCCAUAAAACACCCCCAUACGCUGUCCUGGGAGUAUUACAACAUGUUCCAGUGUAAAGCCCAUCUGGUCAUGAGGCUGAUCGAGAAUCGCAUUAGUAUGGAAUUCAUGCUGCAGGUUUUCAACAAGCUUUUAAGCCUGGCCAGCACAGCCUCAUCUCAGAAGUUCCAGUCCCAUAUGUGGAGUCAGAUGUUGGUUUCAACAUCUGGGUUUUUGAAAUCCAUCUCCAACGUGUCUGGGAAAGACAUCCAGCCACUAAUAAAGCAAUGGGUAGACCAGAGCGGCGUUGUGAAGUUUUACGGCAGCUUCGCCUUUAACAGAAAACGCAAUGUCCUAGAAUUGGAGAUAAAACAGGAGUGCACAGUUCUGGGCACACAGAAAUAUGUGGGCCCUCUUAAAGUGACGGUGCAAGAGCUUGACGGGUCUUUCAACCACACGUUACAAAUUGAAGAAAACAGCUUGAAGCAUGAUAUUCCCUGCCACUCUAAGAGCAGAAGAAAUAAAAAGAAGAAAAUUCCACUGAUGAAUGGGGAAGAAGUUGACAUGGACCUUUCUGCUAUGGAUGCGGACUCGCCAUUGCUCUGGAUACGGAUUGAUCCGGACAUGUCGUUGCUGAGGAAGGUGGAGUUUGAACAGGCUGAUUUCAUGUGGCAGUAUCAGCUCCGCUACGAGAGAGAUGUGGUUGCCCAAGAAGAGUCCAUUCUAGCUCUGGAAAACUUCCCCACCCCGGCCUCUCGGCUUGCUCUGACAGACAUCCUGGAGCAAGAGCAGUGUUUCUACCGAGUCAGGAUGAUGGCAUGCUUCUGCCUGGCCAAGAUUGCUAACUCGAUGGUGAGUACAUGGACUGGACCCCCAGCGAUGAAGUCCUUAUUUACACGCAUGUUUUGUUGUAAGAGCUGUCCGAACAUUGUGAAAACCAACAACUUCAUGAAUUUCCAGAGCUACUUUCUUCAGAAGACCAUGCCAGUUGCUAUGGCUCUCCUGAGAGACGUCCAUAACUUAUGUCCCAAAGAUGUCCUUUCCUUUAUCUUAGACCUCAUUAAAUACAACGACAACCGGAAAAACAAGUUUUCAGAUAACUACUACCGGGCUGAACUAAUCGAUGCUCUUACCAAUUCAGUCACCCCUGCGGUCAGCGUGAACAACGAAUGUCGCACCCUGGACAAUCUGAACGCGGAUGUGCGCCUUAUUCUGGAGGAGAUUACCCGCUUCCUCAAUAUGGAGAAACUCCUUCCCAGUUACAGGCAUACCAUAACAGUCAGCUGCUUGAGAGUCAUCCGUGUGCUUCAGAAGAACGGUCAUGUCCCAAGCGAUCCUUCUGUCUUCAAGUCAUACGCAGAGAACGGACACUUUGUAGAUGUCAGAGUGGCCGCCUUAGAGGCCGUUGUUGACUACACAAAAGUUGACAGAAGCUCUGAUGAUUUACAGUGGUUGUUAAAAAUGGCCCAGAGUGACCCUAUGCCGUACAUAAGGCACAAGAUUCUUUACAUGUUGUCAAAGAAUCCACCAUUCACCAAGAACAUGGAGUCUCCGCUGUGCAAUGAAGCUCUCGUUGACCAGCUCUGGAAGCUGAUGAAUUCAGGAACCUCCCAUGAUUGGCGUCUGCGAUGCGGAGCCGUAGACCUUUACCACAUAUUGUUUGGCCUCAGCAGACCUUCGUGCUUGCCGUUGCCAGAACUUGGAUUAGUCCUUAAUCUGAAGGAGAAAAAAGCCGUUCUGAACCCGACCAUCAUUCCCGAGCCGGUCAUUGCUAGCCUGGACCCUUUGCCAAAUGCCAACAUGCACGGGCAAGUCACUGGAUUUCAGUACAGCGAUGAAGCCUCCAAAGAGUCUGUGUCCAUUGCAGUGUCCCAUCUGCUAGGAAUGAAAAGGAAAGCAGAAAUGCCUCUCGAGUUUGGACUGGAACCUGGGCAGUUCCUUAAUGUACAAGAAGAAGAAGAAAUUGACAUGGACACUGUGCAUGACAGCCAAGCAUUCAUCUAUCAUCAUUUAAACAUGUUGGAAAGACCGUCAACACCAGGCAAGGAACAGUCUUCCAUGGACUUGCAUAUGAUGUCCAUCCCGCAAACUCCACUGUCGUCUUUUAUCAAAGAGGCCAGCUCAUCUAAGCACAGUGACCACCACCACCAUCAUCACCAUGACCACAAGAAAAAGAAGAAGAAGCACAAACACAAACAUAAACACAAACACAAGCAUGAAAGCAAAGAGAAAGAGCGGGAGAUGGUGCCCUUCUCCAACAGUCCCGCCAGCGGCCGCUCCAUCCGUUCUCCUUCACUCUCUGAGUGAUCUCGCCGCCACUUCUAUGACAGAUGGCCAAAAUUAUGCUGCGCAAAAAGACUACGCUCUACAGGUGUAGAUGUUGUUGCAGUCAUUGGUUUCUAGUAGGUGUCAGUCUGGAUAACGUAGCCUUUAUUUUGAAGUAGAUUGACCUUCAGUCCCAUAAGGUUAUUUUUAUAUGGGAAACACAGAGCAGUAAUCGUGAAUAAAAGGGCUACAUGUGCUUUUACAGCAUUUUUAGCAACAACAAAAAA